GGAGGAGGAGGAGGAGGCUGCCCACAGCCCCAGAGAGGACCCUAAAGGAGGGGCCCUGGCCGUGCGGCUGCGCGGGCGCUGGCAGCGGCUGUGGUGCGCGGUGCGGCAGGGAGCCCUGCGCAUGUUCCCCGAGCCCGGGGGUGCUCAGCGCCCCGUCUGCGCCCUGCUGCUGGACGGCUGCGAGGUCACCCCGGGGGUCCCCGCCACCGGCGGCUCCCCCCAGCGCCUCCGCAUCCGCAUCGCUCAGCGGGGCCAGGAGCUCGCCCUGCUGCAGACCCGUUCGGAGGAGGAGAGGGAGGCUUGGCUGAAAACCCUGCGGGCCAGGGGAGGACGGGAGCCGGCCGCUGACAGCCCCCAGGCGGAGCCCCCCAGGCUGGGAGGUGGCAGCAGCUCUCCUGCUGCGGGCGGGCUGCUGCUGCGUCGCUUCCCGACCCCCAACGCCUACAUGGACGACCCCUCCGGGCAUCUCCCAGCCCCCGAGCACGUCUACUCCAACACGGAGCGGCUGCAGCGGCUGCAGCAGAGCUUGGACCGAGCCGUGCAAGGGCAGCGCAGGAGACCCGUGUCCGCGCUGCCCGCCGGCGCCUGCAGCAGCACCGUGCCCUCGCAGGCAGCAUCAGCGGCGGCUCACCGGGGCAGGGCUGGCAGCCCGCAGCUCCUCGGCAGGGAUUUCUCCCCGUCCCAGCGCACCCUGACGCUGCCCGAGAGGAAAGGGGCUCGGGAUGGUUUGGAUUUCCUCAUUGGGAGGAGAGCGUUCCCCAAGCUGGAGGAGAAGGUUGGGCAGCUGGAGAGGGCUUGCCGCGGGAAGAGCAGGCUGAAGGCCGGCUCCGAGAUGAACCUGCUGGCCAUCGGCAAGUCUCUGAAGGGCCACAUCGCCGCCACCGCCAGCUCGGCUGCCUCCGAGGGCUCCUUCCUCUCCCCGCUCUUGAGGCGCACGGCGUCGGCCAGGAGCGCCCUGAAGCGCUCGCCCUCCGCGGGCGUCGUGGAGAAGGGGAAGGUGCUGCAGCAGAGAAAGGAGUGGGAGAUGAAGUCUGCGAAGUGACCGCGGCACCGGAGCAGCCCCCGCCACGCCGACCCCGCUGCGGGGCCGGGCAGCUGCCAGCACAACGUCGUGCUGCACGUGGAUCGUGCAGGACCAGCCAGUUCUUUAGCCACCAGUAUCAACGCCACGCGUACACCUACCUGGUUUUGACAGAUUUUAUAUAGAUUUAUAUACACGCACACGUAAACUCGC